CUGAGGAUUUGAUCAAAUCCAAAUGGAACUUGACAUCCGCAAAGACUCGACUCAUCGCUCUCCAUCUCUCAUCAGAGAAGAAGAAAGGAAAAGAAACGAAGGGAAACUCCCAUUUACGAAGAAGAAAGGAGGUGUAUUUAUAACUUAUAAAAGAUACAGAACCUUAACCCUAACCCUAACCCUAGAAAAUUAUAUACAAUCAAAAGUGACAAGAGCCUUAAAGAGGAGGAAGAAGAAGGAGAACAAGUCGAGAAGCUCUGUCUCUAUUUCCCACUUGAAUAUGAUGCCCUCGGGGCCUCCGACUCCGGUCGGUGGCGGGGCCCAGCUCCCACUUCUCCGGUCGAGCUCCGGGUUAUUGGGCGGUGGAGCCCAACCGAACCCGGUUAACUCUCAACAGCCCUUCUCCUCUUUUGUCUCCCCUCGAACCCAAUUCAACGCCAGUAACAAUAAUAACAGCAUGAGCAUACUUGGAAACAUCUCCAAUGUUUCCUCCCUCAUUAACCAGUCAAUGUCAAAUGGAGCGGGCCUUCAGCAUUUGGGCUCCGGUGAGCCGGACCCGCUUUCUUUUGCAUCGUCGGGUGUCCCUGGGGACCAUUCGCAACCUCAGCAGCAGUUCUCAGUUCCUCAGCAGCAGCAACAGAUUCGAGGGGGAUUGUCCGCCGUCAAAUUGGAGGCCCAAAUGGGCUCUUUGGAUCAAAAUGGUCCAAAUUCGCAGCAACUGCAGACUCUACGAAGCAUUGGGGGAGUCAAAAUGGAACCACAACAGUUGCAAACGAUAAGAAGUUUGGGCACGGUUAAAAUGGAACCACAUAAUGAUUCUUCGAUAUUGUUACAACAGCAACAACAGCACUUACUGCAGAUGUCAAGGCAGUCUCAGUUGAAUCUCUUGCAGCAGCAGCGAGUUAUGCAGCUUCAACAGCAGCAGCAGCUUCUUAGGGGGCUUCCACCUCGAGCCCAAUUGCAACAGCAGCAACUUCAACAGAAUCUUCCUUUGAGAGCUCAGUUGAAAACAAGCAACUAUGAGCCUGGACUUUGUGCUCGGCGAUUGACACAGUAUAUGUAUCAUCAGCAGCGUAGACCUGAAGAUAAUAAUAUUGAAUUUUGGAGAAAAUUUGUGGGAGAGUUCUUUGCUCCUAAUGCUAAGAAGAGGUGGUGUGUUUCACUUUAUGGAAGCGGACGUCAAACUACUGGUGUCUUCCCUCAGGAUGUAUGGCAUUGUGAAAUAUGCAACCGCAAGCCUGGACGUGGUUUUGAGACGACGGCUGAGGUUCUGCCAAGACUAUGUCAAAUUAAAUAUGCUAGUGGUACUUUAGAGGAACUACUUUAUGUAGAUAUGCCUCGUGAAUCUCACAACAUAAUGGGGCAAAUUGUCUUGGAUUAUCCUAAAGCAAUCCAAGAGAGUGUAUUUGAGCAGCUCCGUGUGGUACGCGAUGGCCAUCUACGUAUUGUUUUCAAUCUUGAUCUAAAGAUUUCUUCGUGGGAGUUUUGUGCUAGAAAACAUGAGGAGCUUAUACCACGGAGGCUAAUAAUACCUCAGGUGAGCCAACUGGGGGCCGUGGUUCAAAAAUAUCAGAACGCAGUUCAAAAUGCGUCUUCUGGUUUAUCUACUCAGGAUUUGCAAAACAGUUGUAAUUCCUUCGUGGCUUCUACACGCCAAUUAGCUAAAGCUUUGGAGGUGCCUCUGGUAAAUGAUCUAGGAUACACGAAAAGAUAUGUUCGCUGCCUUCAGAUAUCCGAGGUGGUGAAUAGCAUGAAGGAUCUGAUUGAUUACAGCAGAGAAACAGGGACUGGACCUAUGGAUAGCUUGAUCAACUUCCCGCGAAGAAAUUUCAGUUCAGGAAUCAAUCCCCAACAACAAUCCCAACAGCCAGAGGCUCAACAUCAAACAAUUGCACAAAACAAUCAUAAUAAUAACCAUAGCACUGCUAACGCAACAAUCAUGCAUCCUUCCUCAUGCAUAAAUGGUGCCCCAAGUGUAAAUAACUCCGUCAGUGGUCCAUCAUCAACCACCAUUUCUGGCCUCCUUCAACACCAGAACUCAAUGAAUUCAAGACAAGAUAACCAUUUGGGAACCGUCAGUCGCCCCUAUGGUGGCAAUAACUCAUCGCAAAUACCGUCAACAAGCUCAACAAGUUCACUUCCUGAGCCUCAACCUAAUACCGCUUCCCCUUUCUCUCCACCUACACCAUCUACCUCAAACAAUAAUACCACUCAAAAUACUGCAAAUAUGUCCUCAAUGCAGCAGCAGCAACAGCAAGCACAGACUAACGAGCCCGACCCAUCUGACUCACAAAGUUCAGUACAGCAUAUCCUUCAAGAGAUGAUGAUGUGUUCAUCACCGAUGAACGGUGCAACUACUUCAGGGAAUGAGAUGAAGGGUAUGAACGGAAUUUCCCCCAUGAAUAGUUUUGGCAUGGGAUAUGGGAACAUUGGUGGAGUGGGUCCAUCAGCGACUGUGAGUGGGCUCAGAGCGGCGACGGUGAAUAAUGCAAUGGGCAUGAAUGGUAGAGUUGGAAUGAACCACACGACACAUAAUAAUGUGUUGGGCAUGAACCAUCAACAGCAGAAUAUGGGAAACAGGCUAAUCGGUGGGCUUGGAUCAGUUAAUAACUUCGAUAAUUUUCAAUUCGAUUGGAAAUCUUCAGGGUGAUCGGCUUUCUAGUAUACUCUCUUUGUGACACAACAGACUGGCAAAAUUCUGCUAUCAUACCGGAGAAACUCUGGGCUUGUGUUUUGUUGCUGAAUGUUGGCUGCUAUACUGUAACUAAUGUUUUACACGGCGAAGUAUUUCUUAAAUGAAAAUUCAUUGAGGACAAGAAAAUACAAGAAGUGGACACCUGCCAGCGGGUUGAUGAUUUCUCUUAUACAACAAAAUUCGAAAGGACGAUGAAAGAGAUACAGUUAAGUUGUGAAGGAACGCUUUCGGUACCGACAUCGUGGGCUUGAUGAUGGUACUUACAUCUUGGACUAGAGCAUUUUUGUAGACCAGCCUCCCCGCUCCACCCCACCCAUUCCCGCCUUAAUGUUGAAUUUCUCAGCCUAUAUAAGUGCUGUAAAUGCCGAUGUGGUGUUCUUUUAAACUAUUUUUUCCCAUGUUGUUUGUCCACCAUGUUGCCUGUGUAUUAUUUUUUUCCCCCUUGGGGGCAAAGUUUCUAAUUAAAAGUUCCAAGAUUUUGAUGGUAAUUGAGGGGUCUACUUAGACAAAUUUGUAAUUUGGACUUAAGAGUUAAAACACAAUUCACUCAA